UAGCCCAGUAGCCCAGAGAUUAUGCAAGAAAAACCUGUGCUGGUGUGGUGUGGGAAGAAUCAAAACAAACUAUAUGUUGUGAAUUAUGAAGAUGGAGCGAAAUUAAUUUGCAAUUAAUAUAAUUGAUGGGCGUAUAUUAAACAGAAUUUUUUAUUUUGCUUUAUGUGAAAAAACGUCGAAACAAUGACGAAGUUGUUCAGAAACGGCCACAUUUUCGCCGCUCUAUCAAAUCGGUGUAAAUAUAGUACUGCUCCAAAAUCUAUUUGUACUUUACACAUAAACGAUAAAGAAUAUCAAUCGGACAAUUUCACCAACGCGACGCCGAAAAUAAUUUCCUACUUGGGCCGUAACCUCCAUUUACAAAAAGGACAUCCUUUAUCAAACGUUCGCCAGCGGAUUGUGGACUAUUUCUAUAAAUCUUUUACUCACAGAGGGAAUCCUACGUUCAGUGUUUACGAUAAUUUGUCCCCAAUUGUCAGUGUGAAGCAAAAUUUCGAUGACCUACUUAUCCCAUUAGACCAUCCUAGCAGAGCAAAAUCUGACUGCUACUAUUUAAAUAAAGAAACGCUGUUCAGGGCUCACAUGACUGCUCAUCAAAGUGAAUUACUGCAUGCUGGCUUAGAUAACUUUCUAAUGAUUGGAGAUGUAUAUCGUAGGGAUGAGAUAGACUCUACACAUUUUCCUGUAUUUCAUCAAGUAGACGCAGUAAGGUCACAGCGCAAGGAGGAACUUUUUGUAGACCAUCCUGAUUUACAAAUCUUUGAACCAAUAUUUGAUCCACAAUACCCAGAAGCAUUUACCAACAGCACAACAGAUGCUCAUAAACAAAGUUGCCACACUUUAGAAGCUACCAAAUUAAUGGAAAACCAGUUAAAAACCCACUUAUUAGGAUUAGUUCAAACACUAUUUGGAAAUGAUAUCCGAUAUAGAUGGGUUGAAGCCUAUUUUCCUUUCACCCAUCCAUCUUGGGAACUUGAAAUUUACUAUGAGAACCAAUGGAUGGAAGUCCUGGGCUGCGGUAUAGUUAGAAAUGAAAUUCUUGCCCGGGCUGGCCCUAAUAACAGUAUAGCAUAUGCUUUUGGUCUGGGCCUGGAAAGGCUUGCUAUGGCUUUGUAUAAAAUACCAGACAUAAGAUUGAUGUGGAGCAAUGAUUCUGGUUUUUUGAACCAAUUCAACAAUAAGGAUGUUAAUGCAAAGAUUACUUAUAAACCAGUGUCAAUAUACCCACAGUGUGUGAAUGAUAUUUCAUUUUGGCUACCAAAUAAUAUUACUGUAGAUACUUUCAUAAAUAAUGAUUUCUAUGAUUUAGUCCGAGAUAUUGGUGGUGAUAUUAUAGAACAAGUGAAAUUAAAGGACAAAUUCAUACAUCCAAAAACCAAGAAACACAGUUUAUGCUACACCAUUGUGUAUAGACAUUUAGAACGAACUCUAACAAAAGCUGAAGUAAAUGCAAUACAUAAAGAGAUUGAGAAGGCAAUCACAGAUUCAUAUGAUGUUGUUAUUAGAUAAAUUUAUUUAAUUUCAGUAUUGACUAAAAUGGCAUUACAUACAUAAUACUAUUAUUUUGGUUAAUAAUUUAUGUGAACAACCUUUUGAACCUAACUCCCUAAUAGCCCGCUCUGCGUUAAGCGGGAGCACGGAGUGGGCGUCGCCCCUCUGCGUGUUUUUUUCAUGUUAUUUCAAAAAGCAGCGUUGCGUGAGGCGGGUUUCACGUAAAAAGGAUAAUUAAUAUAAUAAAUAAAAGGUUAAUAUGGAAUCACAUAAAAAGGCCGUUAUGCGGGAGCACGUACGUCCGUCGCGGAGAGAAAACCCGCUCCGUGCUUGGUCGUGGACAAACGGCCAUCGUAAGUUUAUUCGGCGCCAUGGUGCGAAAGCCCAGCCUGCGCCCCCACCUCGUCAGAAAAAGACGCUUUAUAUUUUUUUGUUUCAUUUAUUUAUUCUUAUUAGAUGUUCUUAACAUCUAAUACAAAAAUAGAACCUAAAGAAAAGUUUACUAGA